AUGGCAGUCUCUUUCCAUGUUCGCUCUAACAGUUUCCCCUCUAGACCUCACCCACAAGCUGCUCAUGUCGUUGAGCAAUUGGCUAGAUUGAGAUCUUCAGAGGAAGCCUCAAGCUCUUCUAUCUGCCAAAGACUUGACAACCUUCAAGAGCUUCACGAGUCUCUUGACAAGCUUAUUCUCCUACCUGUUACACAACAGGCUCUAACUCAAGAGCAGAACAAGAAAGCCGUCGAGCAGCUUCUUGAUGAAUCUCUAAGAAUCUUGGAUUUGUGCAACGUUUCCAAGGAUGCUUUGUCGCAGAUGAAAGAAGGUCUCAUGGAGAUCCAAUCGAUUCUAAGAAGAAAGCGUGGUGAUCUAUCUGGAGAGGUCAAGAAAUACUUAUCGUCAAGAAAGUCCUUCAAGAAGUCAUUCCAGAAAGUACAAAAGUCUCUCAAGGUUUCACAAGAAGGAGAAUCUUUGGCUGUGUUUGGAAAAGCAGAAGCUGUUACAAUUGCUCUGUUUGAUUCUCUCUUCAGCUACAUGUCUGGAUCCAAGACAUGCGGCAAAUGGUCACUGGUCUCAAAGAUAAUGAACAAGAGAAAGGUCUCAUGUCAAGAAGAAUCAAACGAAUUCACAAGGAUUGAUUCCGAAUUCCAAUCCGAGGAGACCUUGAAGAUGGAAGAUGUUCAGAUCCUAGAAUCAUGCAUUCAAGAUUUUGAAGAUGGACUUGAAUCUCUCUCUAAGUCAUUGAUUAAAUACAGAGUCUCAAUUCUUAACACCUUAGGCCAUUAG